CGCUCCUGACGGCGCCGUCGAUCCACAAGACAAAUGGCGGACACCGUGCAGGACAUGGAGACGGACGGCGCCAAGAUCGACGAGGCGCUGUACAGCCGCCAGCUCUACGUGCUUGGGCACGAGGCGAUGCGCAAGAUGAUGGCAUCGAGCGUGUUGAUUGUCGGCCUGCGGGGCCUCGGCGUGGAGAUUGCGAAGAACGUCGUCCUCGGCGGCGUCAAGAGCGUGACGCUCUACGACCCUGCACCGGCCACUCUCGCCGACCUGUCUGCGCAGUUCUUCCUGCGCGAGGAGGACGUGGGCAAGCGGCGCGCCACGGCAACGGCGCCGCGGCUCGCCGAGCUCAACCAGUACGUCCCCGUCGCCGAGCUCGAGGGCGACCUCACCGCCGACGCCAUCGCCUCCUUCGGGAUCGUUGUUGUGACGGGCGCGCCGCUCGGCGAGGCGACGCGCAUCAACGAGGCGUGCCGCAAGUCCGGGGGCCGCUUCAUCCUGGCAGACACGUACGGCCUCUUCGGCGGCCUGUUCUGCGACUUCGGCGCCGCGUUUGAGGUCGUCGACGCGGACGGCGAGGAGCCGGUGAGUGGGAUGCUGACUUCGGUCUCGCAGGACGAGGAGGGCAUCGUGACGAUGCAUGACGAGACUCGGCACGGCCUCUCGGACGGAGACCACGUCUGCUUCACCGAGGUGCAGGGCAUGACCGAGCUCAACGGGUCCGGCUCCCGCCCGAUCAAGGUGCUCGGCCCCUUCUCCUUCUCCAUCGGGGACACGAGCGGCUACGGCGCGUACACGUCCGGGGGGUACAUGCACCAAGUCAAGCAGAAGCAGGCGGUCUCCUUCCUCCCCCUCCCGCAAGCUCUCGCUGCGCCCGACUUCCUCGUCUCGGACUUCGCAAACUGCAUCGGCCUCCAGGCUCUCGACGCCUACCGUGCAGCCCACGGGCAGCUGCCCCCGCCCUCCGACGCCGCAGCCGCAGCAGAGGCGUCUGGGGCGCGCGGCGAGCUCGCGCCGAUGUGCGCCAUCUUUGGCGGCAUGGCUGCGCAGGAGGUGAUGAAGGCUGCCAGCGGCAAGUUCAUGCCGCUGAAGCAGUGGCUCUACUUCGACGCGGAGGAGUGCUUGCCUGCCGACGGCAAGGAGGCGCUUCCGCCCGCAGAGACGGCGCCGCGCGGCUCGCGCUCGCGGCACGACUCGCAGGCGGCGGCGCUCGGCUGGAGCACGCAAGAGAAGCUCGGCUCGCUGCGCUACUUGCUCGUCGGGGCGGGCGCGAUCGGGUGCGAGAUGCUCAAGAACUGGGCGAUGAUGGGCAUCGGCUGCGGCGAGGGCGGGCACGUCACGGGCGGGCACGUCACGGUCACCGACCCAGACACAAUCGAGAAGUCGAACCUGAACCGCCAGUUCCUCUUCCGCCCGUGGGACGUGACCAAGGCAAAGUCGGCCUGCUAUUCACAGCUCGUCUAUUCACAGCUCUUCUAUUCACAGCCCGUGGGACGUGACCAAGGCAAAGUCGGCGUGCGCCGCGGCGGCGAUCGGGGCGAUGAACCCGGCGGCCAAGGUGGAGGCGAGGCUGGAUCGGGUGGGCGCCGAGACAGAGGGCAUCUUCGACGACGCCUUCUGGGGCCGCCUCUCCGGCGUGUGCAACGCGCUGGACAACGUGCAGGCGCGGCUGUACGUCGACCAGCGCUGCAUCUACUACCAAAAGUCGCUCCUCGAGAGCGGCGCGCUCGGCCCAAAGGGGAAGGCACGCUCGGCCCGAAGGGGAACGUGCAGGUCGUCGUCCCGAAGCUCACCGAGAGCUACGGCUCGUCGCGGGACCCGCCCGAGAAGAGCAUCCCGGUCUGCACGCUCAAGAACUUUCCGAACCAGAUCGAGCACACCAUCCAGUGGAGCCGCGACUGCUUCGAGGGCCUCUUCCGGCAGGGCGCCGAGGACGACGUCAACGCCUACCUCUCCCAGCCAGACUUCCUCUCCAACCUCGAGAGGCGGCCACGCGGGCGAAAGGCCUCGCGGCCGCAGCCCGGCGUGCGCAAGACGACGCUCGAGGCCCUCGCCGCGAACCUCGUCGACAAGCCGAUCUCGCUCGAGCAGUGUGUGGUCUGGGCGCGUCUCCGCUUCGAGGAGCUCUUCCACAACCAAAUCGCGCAGCUCAUCUUCAACUUCCCGCUCGACAUGGCCACCUCGUCCGGUGCCCCCUUCUGGUCGGGCCCCAAGCGGCCGCCGACGCCGCUCCAGUUCUCGGCGGACGACCCGCUCCACCUCGGUUUCAUCAUCGCCGCCGCCAACCUGCGUGCCUUCAACUACGGCCUCAAGGGCUCGACCGACCCCGCUCUCUUCAAGAAGGCGGUCGAGGCGGCGAUGGUGCCCGAGUUUGUCCCGAAGCAAGGCGUCAAGAUCGCCACGGACCCGAAGGAGGCGGAGAAGGCGCCGGCCGCGCCGCCGCCCGACGAGGACGAGGCGAGCGACGCCAUCGUGGCCACGCUGCCUGCGCCGUCGUCGCUCGCGGGGUACCGGAUGACUCCGGUCGACUUUGAGAAGGACGACGACACCAACUUCCACAUCGACUUCAUCGCCGCCGCCUCCAACCUGCGCGCGCGCAACUACAAGAUCACCGAGGCGGACCACCACCGCACCAAGCAGAUCGCGGGCAAGAUCAUCCCCGCCAUCGCCACCACCACCUCGCUCGUCACCGGGCUCGACCUGCCUCGAGCUGCUCGAGAAGUGUCUCGGAAGCUCGUCUGCCUCGAGCUGCUCAAGCUCAUGCAGCCGGCCAAGCCGAUCGAGUCCUUCAAGAACGGCUUCGUCAACCUCGCCCUCCCCUUCGUGUCCUUCUCGGAGCCCAUCGCCGCGCCCAAGCGCAAGAUCGGCGCAAAGGGCGCCGAGUGGACGCUGUGGGACCGGUACGAGGUGGACGAGGGCAGAGAGCUCACCCUCAAGGAGUUCCUCGCCUACUUCCAGGAGCGGCACAAGCUCGAGGUGACGAUGAUCUCGAGCGGCGUCUCCAUCCUCUACUCCUUCUUCACCAACCAGAAGAAGCUCAAGGAGCGGAUGCCGAUGACGAUGAGUCAGUUGGUGCAGGAGAUCUCGAAGGCGGAGUUCAAGCCGACGCAAAACUCGCUCACGUUUGAGAUUUGCUGCAACGACGAGGACGACGAGGACGUGGAGGUGCCCUUCGUCCAGUACAAAUUCCGAGGCUGGUGAGCGGAGGAGAAGGGGGAGAGGGGAACUGUAUACGCUCCGCGUCGAUUUCGCACUGGGCGGUGGGCGGCGGUGGAGCGCUGGGCGCGAGCGGCCCGCACAAGCCACAGCAGGCACGGGCCCGCCCGCGCGCCGCGAUGACGCAAGCGACAAGCGCUCUCCCUCCGCUCUCUCGCCGAACGCCUCGAACACACAUUUUGUGUUCAUCUGCUACGUUUUUGUGUCUCCUGGACUACUUUGACCAACUCAUGCUUGGUCAGCCCCGACGCCCGAGCCUCAGAAUAAUAAUAAAGCGGCAACG